AUGUUGUCUGGUCUGAUGAGUCUCGAUUUCUACCAGCUACAGACCAGCUAUAGGACACUCACUAAAGAGAAAGAUCAGCUACAGAGAGAAACAGAAAGGCUGACCAAGAAAAUCAAAGGUAGACCUUGUCAAGAAGGAUGGAGGAAGUUUGAAUCGAGCUGUUACUUCCUGUCAACUGCAAAUGAAACCUGGGAGAAAAGCAGACAGGACUGUCUGGGGAGAGACGCAAACCUCGUGAUCAUAAACAGUGAAGAGGAACAGAUAUUUAUUAACAGGUUAAAUGGAGCAAAUGAAAAAAUGUGGAUGGGUCUGACGGACGCACAUGCUGAGGGGACCUGGAAAUGGGUCAACGGCACACCAUUGACAAUUGCGUAUUGGGAGGUUGGACAGCCUAAUAGCUGGAAUGGAACUGACCAGGACUGUGGGGAAUUUGUACACCGUUCUGUAGACCCAGGGGAGUGGAGUGAUGAUAACUGUUCAUUUAAACAACACUGGAUCUGUGAAAAGUAGGAUUAUAUCAUAGGUAGUGUUUGUACUGUUAGUAAGUCAUUAAUAUCCAUAUGUAUGUCUUAUACACUGAAGAGC